UACGAUUCGUUGAUUUGGCGUACUCCUUGUCCUGUGUCAGGGACCUCAAAGCAAAGAAUCAGAUCAACAAACGCUCGCGCCGGUUUUUUCAUCGAAACGUUAUAUAUAUAUAUAUUGAGAAACUUAAUUUCCUUGUGUUAUUUGUCGACGCAUUAACCUCGAACUGACAUCAAGAUUAUCAGAAGCUUUGGUUGAGUGUUUUCUCGUUCAAAUUUGGCAAACCGAAAUGCUAGGUCAUAAAGAAGAGAUCCCUUCCAGGCAUGAAUUGUUGAGUAUGGUGAAGAAGCACUCCACCUUGCUGGGUAAAGGUACCGUCCAUGAACGAGAUCCUUCAGAUGUUGAAAUGGAUGGCCGAUUUUGGUAUGAUAUGUUAGAUUUGUACUUUAUCCGUGGCAAGGAGUCAAGAGGACGGCAGGAUGAUGAUCUCGUAUUUUUCGUCAGAAAAAUGGGCACAGAAGGAUAUGGUUUCAAUGAUAAUGUGCAGGGCCUCCCUCCUUACUUUGUGCGCAGGUGGGCAGCUAAGUUGGAUAAUUUGGUCAGUGAAAAUUCAGAGGUAGAUUGGAGGCGCUCAUUUUACUUGAAUUUAAUUGCACACACUUCGUUCACAGUAACAGUAGCAAUUUGCAGUCAUCACGUCCUUCGCAAUCAUCAAGCUGGGCAAGAUACACCAUUAUCUCCCAUAUACAAGGUAGUAAAGACUGUUUAUGCAUCACCAAGUCGUGUAGAUUUUCAUUUGGACUCAAAAAAGGAAGUGGAGACAACUCCUGCCUAUCCAGACAUCUGUUUUGCAGUGGAUGAUUUUGACUCAACUUUUGAUGCAGUGGUCUUGACAGAAACAGAUCAUUGCUAUUGUGUACUUCUCAAUGCACAUGAUGGUGCGGCAUUUCCUAGUGAAAAUGAGUCACCUGAUAACACUUCCAGUACUAAUUCCCCUCUAGAAGUUGAUACUAAUUCUGGGAAGAUGAAGAAUUCUAAGCUCACUCUUUUCUCUGGGUUCGUAAGCUAUCAAAUGGUUCGAGAAGCAUAUGACGCUGGGAAGUCUCAAUUUGGUAGUCUCCUUUCACUCGGUCAUUCCCCUGGCAAAACAGAUAAACUGUACAUGAAGGGUCCAGGUGGACGAGGGGAGGUUGAAGUUGCUGUUUCUGGGGUUGCAGCUGUGCAAGUGCAAGUCAUGGAAACAGCCUCACAAAAGAUUUGGGGAAAGACUGCUUAUGAUAGACAAUACUCCCCAACCCUUGCAAAGAGGUGAGCCUCAUGCACUGGGCGCGCCCCUUUUUUAGUAACUUACCUCGAUGAAGUGAAUGGGUGAUGCAGUCAAGGAAGAUUCAAUUUAGGAAUUAUGUUGAUUUAAUUUCAUUGAAAAAUUAGGAAAUUUAAAGUUCUAUUAUUUAGGAAUAUUAGUUUACUAUUUUCCUAAUUUCUGUUUGUUUACUAUUCCUAAUUAGUUACUAAUAAGACUAGUGAUGCUGAACAAGAGCUCAAGAAUCAAGAAAAAUAAAUUCUCAAAAGAAAGAGAAACUAAUUCUCUAGAGAAGCUAAUUCUCAAAAUUUUUAUAAAUUCGCCAUAACAAUCAUAAUAAUAGUCUCUCUAAAAUAUGUAUAGACGUAGCAGGUUAUCAAGCAUAGUUAUUAAAGGCGCGCCUCGGGCUCCAAGCUCACUAAGCUCCAACGCUAGCGCCUCUACAGGAGAAAGACAGCGACAUUCGCUAGGCCUCUUCUUUUUUUUUUGGUGAGUACUUCCAUUGGCAAAAAGCACUACCACUCAACUCGAAAUUUGUCCAUCUAAAAGUUUUUAAAAUUAGUAUCGUUGACGAUAACUAGUAACCAAAAUUUCAUCAAACUACCGCACUCAGGAUUACGAACCUCCCAUAUUUCCAUUUUCAACACUACCACUUAUUAUUAAUUUUUUUUUUAAGUUGCAUCUACACGUAUUUCAAGAUCUAUGCCGGUCUAACUUGAGAAUUAAAUAAUACUCCUUUACAUUCUUAAAGAUGAGAAAGAUGAUGAAGAUAUUGAUUUUGAAGAUGAGUAUUGAGACAGUGAAGGUGUAGAAGAAGAUUAAGAAGAUUAUGAUGCUACUAUUGAUUAAAAUCGAAGAGUAGUUAUUUUAUAAUUGCUUAACUUUAGUUUUGAAACAUUAAAAAGCUAUUCAAGUCUUAAUAUAUUAGUACUUAAAUACUUAGUAUUAUUUUUGGUUUUAUAUUAUUUGAAGUUUCAUGUAAUAUUCAUGUUUAUUUGACUUUGAAUUUUUUUUUUUUGCCUCACCUCACUCAAGCCCGUGUUUGCACCUUGCGCCUAGGCUCUAGGACCCCUUGGCACCUUAGUGCAUCUUGAGCUUUUAAUAAUUAUGUUCUCAAGCACCAAAUACUGCAGAAGAAGAAAGAAAGGGAAGGAAAGCGGAAGGAAGAACAGAACAGUGAAGGAGGAGAUUGAGAGAGAGAGAGAGAGAGAGAGAGAGAGAGAGAGAGUACUAUGUAUUAUUCAAUUCUUGGCUGACUGUAAUUAGUUACAGUGCUCCCUAUUUAUAAUAUUUUCCUCCUAUACAUUUUCACA